AUGUUCGGCUUCGGAGGCAGGGCGCCGCCAUCGUCAGCGGAGAAGAUUGCCGCAGCAGAGGCUGAGAUCGAGAUGGUCUCCAACAUGUUCAACCAGCUCGUGGACACAUGCACCAAGAAGUGCAUCCCCAACACCUACCGCGAGGGCGAACUCAACAAGGGCGAGUCCGUCUGUCUGGACCGCUGUGUCUCCAAGUUCUUCGAGGUGAACAUCAAAGUGUCCGAGAAGAUGCAGGGAGAAGCGGCCGCAAAGCAGGGCGGAAUGCUGCAUAAUUAG